AUGAUGAACAAUCAUUACCACUUGCAACACGAUCACCCGCCGCCACAGAACGUGGCACAUCCGUUCAUGCAACAGCAGAGCGCUGCCGUCGCCCCAGCAGCUCCUCCGGCCACCAGUACCACCUAUGGCUACUUGCCACAGCCACAGGCUGGCCAGCAGCCGCAGUGGAUGACCACCACCUACCAGAUCCUGCCGCCCACUGGAGGACCUGCUACGGUGGCCAAACGCUUCUAUGCCACCGCCGGAGGAGCACCGCAACAGGCCAGCACUCACACCGCACAUCCCAGCACCAUACAGAUCACCAACAGCUUCGCCCAGCAGGCCACGCCGACGAAGCAACAGGCUGCCACCAGCUCCAGUCCCUUCAAGGCCAACAACAUACGAAUCAUCUCGACGGCACCGAGUGUCUAUAGUCUGAAUAAGUCGCCACAGGAACCGCACUCCCUUUAUGCACCCGUUCAGUCUUAUUAUUUGCCCAGCGGCGCUGGCCAAACGGCGGGUCAACUCAACCUCAUGGCGGCCAGUGGAGCGGCCAAGCAGCUGCAGCCGCCUCCGCUGGUGCCUGUGAGCAACUCCUCCUCGCCGCCAUCCACCGUGGUGCUGGAUCGCAUCAAUAUUUGCAUCAACAACCACUAUGCGGAAUCGCCCGCUUCGCUGAGCUCAUCGUUGAGCAGCGCCCAGCAGCCGUCGCCCAUCAUACCGGCCAUCCAGCACAAGGCCAUCCUGCCCCUCAUCGAUAGCAGCACGGCGGACAGCAGCAGCUGCAGCAGCAGUUCAGUGUCCAGCAGCAGUUAUGGCGGUGCCACAACCACCUCGGCGGCCGUGGUGAUUGUGGAUGAGCCGGAUUCAACGACCACAACGCCACAGACACCGCCAACCACGCCGGAGACGAUGAGUUCGCCUGGGAAAAGCUCGCCCUCGCCUCCGCUGCUGGCCACGCAGUCGCUGCUCAAGGCCGUCAGCCAAAUGAAGCCGAGCUUCAAGGUCGUCGAAACAGCACCGCCCACGCCGCCAACUCCUCCAUCUCCGCCGCCGUCGUUGCCACCAGUGGCUGCUGCUCCUCCCCCGCCGGCGGUCACAUAUGCCCUGCAGGAGGACGUCUUCAUCAAGUGCAACGAUGGGAGGUUCUACCUGGGCACCAUUAUCGAGCAGACAAGCGAUCAGUAUCUCAUCCGCUUCGAUGAUCGGUCAGAGCAAUGGUGCGAGCCGGAUAAGCUGCGCAAGCUGGGCGGCGGCAGCUCGGUGACCGGUGGCGGAGGAGGCGGCUCAAGUUCGGACACCUCAAACACCUCCACCAGCGGACCCAUGUGCGUGGCCUGCAAGCGGUCGGAUGUCGAGGAUGUGGUGGAAAUCUGCGAGCGCUGCGGUCGUGGCUACCAUCGCGGGUGUACCAUUGAAAUCGUUACCGGCAGCGGAAUUUGGAGCUGCAAACGGUGUGCAAAACCCAUGAAAAUGCAACAGCCGAUUGAGAUCACAAAGCCAGCGGGGAUUUGCCGCCAGUUACCCUACCAUGCGGAUAAGCUCAGCUGGGAUGAGAAGCAUCGGGUGAACGAGGAGCAAAUAUACUGCUACUGCGGGAAGCCGGGCAAAUUCGAUCACAACAUGCUGCAGUGCUGCAAGUGUCGCAACUGGUUUCACACCCAAUGCAUGCAAAACUUCAAGAGGAAGCUGCUGCGCGGCGACAUGUUCUUUGUAUUCUGCUGCACCGUUUGCAACAAUGGCGUGGAGUUUGUACGACGUCUGCAAAUCGACUGGGUGGAUGUGCUCCACAUAGCGUUGUACAAUCUGCGCAAGCACCAGCACCAGAAGUACCAUCACCUGCUGAAGGACAUUUGGCCCUUCAUACUCGAGCAGCGCCACCAGCUGCCCAUCUGCGAGCAGUGGCGCACACUGCCGGAGACGGCACUGAUGGAGCGCAUCAAGCAGACCCUGAAAGACUACUCGGAGAGAUUUGUCUGCGGCAGAGAGUUCAAAAGAGCGCCGGCCUUCUAUGCGCUGCGCCACAGUGGUCCGCCCUUGACUCCCAAGGUAUUCCUGGAGCCCCACGAGGAGCUGUGCGACGAGCUGCUGGUCAAGAAGUUCAAGCUGAUGCUCAUGCCAGAGAAGUCGAUGGGAAAUAGCGGUGAGCCGCCGAAAAGAGUUCCCAAAGAUGUGUACGAGUUCAAUACGGAUGAAGAUGAGCCGGUCGAAACGAGCGAGGACGAGAUCCCCAUCAAGCAGAUCAUCGAGAAGGCCAAAAAGCAGGCCAGCCAAAAGAUUGAGGAGCAGGAUGAGCUGCCGAAACAGCCGCAACCCGUCGAGGCGGGCGCUCUCGAUCUGGCCGACGACAAUGCCAACGAUGGCGAUCCCGGGAAGCUGCCAGCUCCCAUUCCACCGCUGCUGGACGCCAACAGCAGUCGCAAACGCAAGGCUUUCCGUCUGUCCAAGCGCUAUGACAACAGCCGCAAUCACUGUGAUCUAUCGUCCGACGAGAACUCGAGCAGCAGCCGGGGAACCAGCUCGCUGGACCUCAUCAUACCCCCGCCGGCCAACUUUCUGGGACGCAACAAUCCCUUCCUGAUGGCGACACCCAAAAAGGCGACGCAGGGACGAAGUGUCGGUGGAGUUGGCGUGGGGGUUAAUGGCAUCAUCAACAGCAUUUUCAAGCUUAAGGGCACCUCCAAGGAGCAGCCGCGCAUGGUGCGCACCAUCAAGCGAAGACUGAGUGCCAAAGACAUAACCAUAGGGCCCAAUCAGGAAGUGCGAAGGCGUCGCAAUCGGCGCCUGACCACGGCCAUUGAGGUCAUCAGCACCACCACCAUCAAUCCCAUACCCAGCCACUACCUUCCUCUCUACGCCAAAGAUCUGCAGCCACCGGCGCCGCCGAUGGGCAAGCCGACGCACGGACGCCUGUUGCGCCAGCGGCCACAGAAGCUCUCGCCCAGCCAGAGCCGCCGGAACUCCACCAGCUCGACGGCGACCACCACCAGCAGCAGCAAUGGGCUUGCAGCCCCAGGACAUUCCAUGCUGGAUCUGAAGCAGUCGGUGAACAAGUAUUUCGGCGGCGCCAUGAAUCGCAUUGAUGCCGGCGAGUCGUUUGCCAUCCGGGCCAAGCGGCGCAUGGGCAACGGCCAGGUGCAGUACCUGGUGGAGUGGGGAGGAGAUGCUGCGAUCGGAUCGAUGGGAAACUAGAAACUAGACUAGACGACGACUCAUUUUUACCUUUAUGUUUAUCAUUUUCAUUAUCAUUUUCCUGCGUUAUUCUUUAUCAAUGUUCGCUGCCAACUCCGGGCCCCUUUAUUUGUUAACGUUUAAAAGUUUAUUACCAAUCCACUGCCAAAAUAGCAAAAGAAUGUUCAAAAUAUUGGUUCAGCAUUAAAGCGGUAUACUGUUAAAUUGUAAAAAGAAAAAAAAACAAAACAAAAAAGAAAUGCAAAAAGCAACUGAAUACAGGUUAUAAUUGUGCAAUGGCAGUAGAUUUCCACAAAAUUGGUAAAAGUAUUACAAGAUUAAUCUGGAAGCCUAUGUAACAUUCGCUGCUGAAUGAAAACGUAUUAAUUAAUGUCUAUCAAAGGGGAAAAACGAUUCAGUUAAGCUCAGUAUCGUAAACGUACUUUAGUUACCACAUAAUGCGCCCAUGUAUAUUUUCGAAAAAUAUAUAUAUUUAAAGGGAAA